AUGGUCCCACCACCCAGAGCAGGAACGUUUUCUCCGAACCCUGCCCAAUCCCUACAAACGGGCGGCAGUCAUUCACCUCAUCCCUCACAGACCGCAGGCUUGAGCGCGAGCCCAAUCACCGGCAGCCCUACCGGUACGACGUCCGUCUCCAAGAUCGUCAUCGCCCAGGUGUUUGUUCUUCUGAGCAGCAUCAAGGAGGAAAAGGACGACUCUUCAAAGUGGGAACAACUCAGAAAGCUUAUCGAUGAGUCCGGCAUGGAAGUGUUCACAAAGUACUUCGCUCGUCUCGUAGCUAGUAGUGCUUCCCAAAUAUUCCCUGGCCUUAACAGGCCAGGGGGUACUCCGGGAACCUACCAGCUCUUGACAGCUGAAAUGCAGAAGAUAUCACACGAACCUGAGCAGGCCCGCAGGAUCGCCGAAUCUAUCGAGGCUGGUACUGAGGAUAUCUUCCGGGACUUCGAUCUGUCGACUUUUAUGGAGUAUUUCAAACUAGAUGCUUUAGAGAAGACCAUACUAGCUCUGGCCUUCAAGCUGGGCCCCCGCUCUGACCUGAAGACCAAGGCGGAUGCCAUCCUUUCCAGAAAUUUUUCCGCUUUUGUCAACAUCCUGGCCAAACCAGAUGGUGAUCAUGAAGACCUUGGACCAGAGUUUGUCUCUGUCAUUGUCGACCGCUUCAUACAGCUACAUCCUCCCAAUUUCAACGGCGCCGCCAAGUCAGAGCUUAUGUUCAAAGUCACCCAGCGCUACGAACGUGUCGACCUCGGACCUCCGCCUGAGGCCCUGGCUGCUCUGGAUCUGAUGCGUGUUUUGGUCGAUAAGCCGGCCAACAUUCUAGCCCUCCAUAUGCACAAGACCGGAGCAGACUUCGCCCGAGACGAGGACACGUGCGUAUCGUAUUUGCAGAACCGGGCGCUUGCUGGCAUUGGCGAAGAGGCGGUAUCGGUUGCCUUGACAUACUCGGCUGUCAGCCAAUCCCCGACAUACAACCCAUCCGUUCUGGUAGCUGCCUUGCGACGCAUCCUACCGUCUUCCUUCCGAUGGCAAAAUGUGAUCACCUACUUUGACCAGCGCACAGCUCGGGUGUCUCCAUCACAGUUCCUCCGGCUUUACAAUGCACUCGCUCCGAUCGCGAGAGACGAUUCCCGGGCGCUUGAUAUCCAGCAUCUCUGGGGAGGCAAUUGGGAGAACCCUGAUGCGCAACUUUCCUUCAUUUGCGCAUUCACGUCCCUAUCGGCCGAUCGGCUCGAUGCCACCACGAUUCCAGGUCUUCAACCGACCCUCUCUCUGGACGACUAUGCACAGGCUCCGCCCGAAGUGAAAGAACGUGCCGCCGAAGCAGUGAAGCACCCUCUUGUCUCUCUGGCCGCCAUCUCUGCCAUCUUUCACGUCGCCCUCCCCUCCCAGCAUGCCUCCACAAAUGUUGAAGCCAGACGGUUGUUCCAAAAGGUUGUAAUUCCUAAUCUAGACAUCUUUGUUGUCUCUGCCUUUGGUGUACCGAAGCCGUGGCCAGCAACUGCUGUUGAAACGCUAAACUCUCUGUUCGAAAACUUCCUCUACAAACGCCAACCAAACUGGGAUUUCGUCUUCGACAGUCUGUGGAGAAAGGACAAAGAAUGGGUUAUGGAGAGGCUUAUCGAGGCACACGCAGCCGAGCCUGGAGAGCUACCCCUCAUAUUUGAGUAUGCCGUGAAGCACGGUUGGCUCAAUGAACUAAUCUACCUGCCAAACGGAUUCGGGCUCGAUCUGGUGGCCUAUGCACACGGCCAGGGCUACGUCGACUUGGCGGAAUGGGCUAAGAACAAUGCUGAUCGCAGUACCGAGAUCGCAAGACCGCUGAUGCAGUUUCUUCUAAUAAAGUCUGAGCUGGAAUCUCAGCGCGGCGAUGGCCAGCCCACUCCGACCAAAACAAAUGUCCCGCUAAAAGUGCGAACGGUAUCGGCCCUGCUCAAUAUUCUUGAAGAUUUUCUGCCAAAGACUCCAAUUCCCGAGCUUGUCAUGCUCCAGCGCCAGUGCAUCGCCAUCUAUCCUCGCCUGAUCAACUAUGGCGAAGGUUUUGACGAAAUUAUCGAAGCUAGCGAGAAAGACAGCCACAAUCUACCGCAGGAAGCGAACUCGAAAAUGGAGGAACACUUCAAGAAAAUGUACAGCAACGAGAUCGAAGUCCGAGAGGUCGUUGGUAUAAUGGACCACUAUAAGCACUCACAGGAUCCUCUGGAGCAGGAUGUGUUCGCCUGCAUGAUUAACAGUCUGUUCGAAGAGUACAGCCACUUUGGCGAUUACCCGCUUGAGGCUCUUGCCACGACCGCGGUUCUUUUUGGCGGCCUCAUCUCGCAUAAGCUUAUCUCGGACUUACCUCUCAAGGUUGGCCUGGGUAUGAUUCUCGAAGCAGUCAAGGAGCACAAGCAGGAUCACCCCAUGUUCAAGUUUGGCAUGCAAGCCCUCAUGCAGCUCUACUCUCGGUUCAGAGAGUGGCCGGGGUUCUGUAGCCAACUUUUGCAGUGUGCAAGCUUGCGGGGGACCGAAGCCUGGAAAAAAGCCGAUGAGAUCAUCCGGGAGACGGACGAGGGCGCAGGGAUUGCCGGAAUUCAGGGGGCGCCUGCUUCUGGCGAGCAUUUGACCAAUGGAAGUGGCGACGAACCGUCUGUCGCAGAGCCACAGUAUCUGCCAUUCGCUUCUGUUGUGGUCGACCCGCCUCCCCCAAAUGCCGUUUUUGAGGAUCCGAGUAACGACGUUCAGGGCAAGGUUCAGUUUGUGCUCAACAAUAUCACUGCGAGCACUCUGCAGGCCAUGUUUCUGGAGAUUCGCCCGAUGCUCGAAUUCAAGCAUCAGCAGUGGUUUGCCAGCCACCUUGUUGAAGAGCGGGCAAAGAUGCAGCCGAACUAUCACAAAGUCUACUUGCAGCUCGUCAGCCACUUUGAAGACAAGUCGUUGUGGGCAGAGAUUCUCCGGGAGACCUACAUCAGCGUUGCGCGCAUGCUGAACUCAGAGUCAACUUUGCAGAAUUCCUCGGACAGGGCACAUCUGAAAAACUUGGGCGGCUGGCUAGGUCUUCUGACUCUUGCGCGCGACAAGCCUAUCCGGCAGAGAAAUAUCGCUUUCAAGCAGUUGCUGAUCGAAGCGCACGAUACAAAGCGGUUGAUUGUGGCGAUUCCAUUCGUUUGCAAAGUGCUCAGUCAAGGCGAGCACUCCAACGUAUUCAAGCCACCCAAUCCUUGGCUGAUGGAAAUUGUCCACUUUUUAAUCGAUUUGUACCACAAUGCCGAACUCAAGCUGAAUCUGAAGUUUGAGAUUGAAGUACUCUGCCAGACUCUCAACAUCGACCACAAGAGCAUCGAACCAUCUGGCGAAAUUCUGGCUCGGGUAGCUGAAGCCUCAGAACUUCCUCCAGACUCGAUGGAGGCCUUUGACAAUCUUUCGCUGAACGGUCUCGUACCUGGUGGCGUCGGCGCCGGCAUGUCUUCACACGGCUUGGGCCCGAACGUGGUCUCGAAUGCGAUGCUGGAAAUGAUUCCCGAUCUCAUCACGAAAGUGAAUGUGCCCUCCGUCAGCGACAUGGUUAUCGCGGCUUCACGUCUGGAGGAGAUUGUCAAGGACGCCCUCAUCCGGGCACUGCAGGACAUUAUCCAACCAGUUGUCGACCGUUCUGUUGCCAUCGCUGCGAUUGCCACGCAACAGAUGAUUCGCAAAGAUUUCGCUACAGAGCCGGAUGAGAACCGUGUCCGGACAUCGGCGAUCAACAUGGUCAAAGCGACAGCUGGCAGCCUUGCGUUGGUAACCUCGAAAGAGCCUCUCCGAGCCAACUUCACCAAUUAUAUGCGCUCUCUCUCGAGCGACAAUCCCCAGGGUCUUCCCGAGGGCACAAUCAUCAUGUGUGUGAACUCGAAUCUGGACCUGGCAUCGGGCGUGAUUGAGAAAGCGACAGAGGACCGUGCGGUCAUUGAGAUCCAGGAGAUGAUCGAACCCGAACUGGAGAUGCGGCGUCGUCACCGUAUUCAGCGUCCCAACGAUCCGUACGUGGACUCUUCUCUGAGCCGGUGGGCCAUGACGAUUCCCAACCCUUUCAAGCUCAGCCCCAACCUGAACGGCUUGAACAGCGAGCAGAUGGCUAUCUACGACGACUUUGCUCGCCAUCCGCGGCCAACGACAGCGGGUGUUGCUUCCGCUUCGCACGUGCAAUCGGCUUCGGACGCCACUCGGUCGCUGGCAAAUGAGGUGCUCCAAGACCAAUAUGGGUCCCUGACGAACGUGCCCACUCCGGUCGAGACACCCUCAGCUGUGUCGUUGGGCUCGCAGAUGCAGCAAUAUCCGCAUGUGCAUAAUGGCGUGGGAGGUGCCGGUGUUGCAGGAGCCAUGGUGAACGGGCGACAAUCGGUACCAACGGUCGAUGUGCGGCUUCUUACAGACCGCAUCUCCAAGUUGGUAGUCGAGCUGCAGCGGGCCGCUACCGAGGCCACGGAAGAACAUUUCUCGGACCUGCCUCGACCGCACCCGGUUCUGGAUGUGGUGGAUGCUCUGGUGCAGACAAUCAUCAAGGCACAGCAGUCAGCGGAGGAUUUUGUGUUUUAUGCUGCCGAGCAGGUGUGCCAGGCGCUGGUUUCCCAGCUCGAGGACAGCCUAGCUCUGGAAAGUCUCGUCCAUGUGCUGGAAACGCUUCGCAAGAUCGCCACCAGCCCGUCGCUGAGCAACCGCGUCAUCCAGUUCUUUCACUCGCAACCAGCACACGUCUUUCUGAACCUGCCGCUUGUCUCAGCCCUGCGUGGUACCGAUCUGCUGGACUGGCCAAACAUCGACGCAGCCAUGGCCGCAGCUCUGAAGCAGAGGAAGGAGGGGUCGAUCAUGUUCUUGAUGCGGCUUUUGGACCUUGCGCUCAUCGGUGAGACUCCACUGGCUCUGUAUGCCGACUUUGUGUACAGUCUGGCAGAAGCCUGGGCUUGGGUCAACGAUGAGUCCGACGUGCCCGGUGGCCAGGACUUCAAGGCCAAAGUUCUUGCGCCUGUUUCGCAGCCCCCAUCGCCGGACCCGUCACAGGGAGCGAUCAGCUCUUACCGCAAAGACCAGAUCGAGUACGUCUUUGAUGAAUGGGUUCACCUCUGCCAGAAGCCACAUGUGCCCGACAGCAUCCCCUUCAUCUUCGUUGAGCAGAUGAGGGCAAAGCGCAUCGUGUCAGGCCGCGAGGACCUGUUUUGCUUCCUGAGAGUCGCCGUCGACAAGUCUGUGGAGAGAUUUGAGCUCGUCUCGCAGGCAGGCGGUACCAUGUUAGAGGCAUAUGCUGCCAUCGACUCGAUCCCGAAGCUUAUUGCCGUCUACUUGCAGGCCUCUGCCGAUGCUGAGGGUUCUUCAGGCUCGGCUCGCGCCGAAUUGACCGACUCGAUUCUGGCCCUGGCCGUCAUGAUGGUGAAUCAUCACUAUGUGAAGCACGGCGACGCCUUCAACCAGCGUGUCUUUUUCCGUCUCUUUUCCAUGCUGCUCUUCACCAUCGAUCAUAUCUCGGAUCGCCUCUCGGACGCGGAUCUGAACGAGAUUUUUCUGAGGUUUGCAACGCGCUUCAACGAUCUUGGGCCGGCUACCUUUCCCUUCUUCGUCUUUGCCUGGACGGAGCUCAUCAAGCACAGAGAAUUCAUGCCGGCAUUGCUACGGAUACCGAACAACGCUGGAUGGGCCGCGUUCACAAAGAUCCUCAAGCAGAUGCUGGUCUUCAUUGGCGAGCAACUCAAGACAUCGGAAGUGCCCGCGGCCAUUAAGGAUUUGCACCGCGCGGCGGUGAAGCUUCUCCUGAUUCUGUACCACGACUUCCCCGAGUACCUUGCUGCCAACCACGUUGUGCUUUGCCAGGGCCUCCAACCGUACCUAGGACAGCUUCUGAACAUCAUUCUCUUCUCCACGCCUAACAACAUCACGAAGCUUCCCGAUCCACAACAGCCGGGAGUGCGUCUUGACAGCUUAGAGGAUGUGAACAUUGCAUCCCCGGUCAUCUCUUACGACCCAGUACCAGUUCUUUCUCAUAUUGGACUGACGGCACUGCUUGACCAGGCAUUGGAGACGGGGCCGACAGAGGAGAUUGUGGCUCACAUCAAGCAUGCCAUCUGCAAGACGGAUAGAAAACAGGCCAUGUGGGGGAACACUCCGCUCAACACCAACAUCUCCGUCGUGGACGCAGUGGUGCUCUACAUUGGCAACCACGCGGUAGCACGGGCACAGGGCGGCGGUCCGGUCUUCCAAGCGGACGCACCAGACAUGGCCACGGUGUCGAUGGUGCUCCAUGAGCUCCCGGCGGAGAGCCGCUAUUUCUUCGUGUUCAGCAUGGUGAACCAGCUGCGGUAUCCCAAUGCCCACACAAGCUUCUUUGGUCAGGCGCUUUUUGAGCUGUUCGGACACAACUUGACAGAGCCAGAGGAGACAGAGAUUCGCGAGCAGAUAUGCCGGGUCCUCUUUGAACGAAUUGUUAACUACUGGCCGCAGCCUUGGGGGUUGCUGGUCGUCAUCAUCGAGCUUGUGAAGAACGAGAGAUAUUUCUUCUUUGACAUACCGUCUCUCAAGCUGGCGCCUGAGGUAUCAGAGCGCUUUGCGUCGCUUGUCACUCGCUCAUAG